AUGCCCGGCCGUCUGCAUAACAAGAUUGCCGUAAUAACUGGGUCCUCCUCGGGUAUAGGCCGUGCAACAGCCCUAGCUUUCGCCUCAGAAGGCGCCUCUCUAAUCUGUUCCGACCUCCACGAAACCGCCCGUCAAGAAUACGCCACAGACACCUCCCCUCUAACCACUGUCCAAGCCGCUCAAAAUCUUGGCGUCAAAGCUCUCUUCGUCAAAUGCGACACGUCCUCUUCCACAGAGGUCCAAGCCCUGAUCCAGGCGGCAGUGAAAGAGUACGGGAGAAUCGACAUCAUGGUGAAUAACGCAGGUAUUGCUAUGGAAGCAGGUGAACAUGGGAAUAGACCGGUUUGGGAGUACGAGGAAGCUGCUUUUGAGAAGACAAUGGACGUGAACAUUAAGGCCGGUUACGUCACUUCUAAACACGCUGUCCUCGGUCUAACAAAAGCCGCCGCUCAAGAUUGUGCGCCAUACCGCGUCCACGUCAACGCUCUCUGUCCCGGGUACACGGCUACAUCCUUCAUUUCCAGGCUAUUCACACCCGAGGCAGUAGAACAGAAGAAGGCUGUAGAAGAGCGACAUCCAUUUGGUGGUUUGGGUACGCCGCAAGAUAUUGCUAGGGCGGCAGUUUUCCUGGCGAGUGAGGAUGCGGCGUGGGUUACCGGCAUAGGUCUACCGGUAGAUGGCGGGUUUAGUUCCAUGUGA